CAUAGUCUCGCGUCCAACGCCGUCCAACGCCGCCAGCGUGUUCGUUGACCGGACCAUUUCCUGCUGCGAGGUCUUCGCUUAGCAUCCCUAUACUAGGAUCAAGUCUCAAUCUUUCGUGAACAUCUACUGGACUUCAUCUUACCUCGAAACCGAUACCUUCUACAAGUUAUUAACACGUCACUAUGUCAAAUAUCCCUAUCCCAACCACCCCUCGGCCUCGGCGGUCGACCGCGACAUCCACAAACACAGAGGAGCGGGAAGGGCCUUCGACUAUCGGAUCCCAGAGAAACAAAGAAGAUUCCGUUCUAUUAUUUGGAGAAUCGCCAAGCAAAAAAGGAUCGUCCAGCGUCAAAUAUGGGGGAAAGAGGAAAAGCGGUGGUCCAUUGGGUCCAUUGGUAGGGCCCGGGAGUAUUCCUAGUGCUAGUAAAACCCCCGACUUGCGCAGGGAGAGCCUUUCUGCACGACUUGGAAUCGGCCGUGAUGUAAGCGAUUCGAUUUCAACGCCGACCUCGACGUCAAAGAGGAAGAAUAGCGUUAGCCGUGGAUCGAAGAAGAAACCCGAAUCGUCCGCGCCAGGCUCCGUUUCAACGCCUACACCUACCUCCCAAAAAUCCAAAAAUUUAAAGCGUAAUCAUGUUGUUUCUAUGUCGAUAUCCACCGACGAGGAGCAGCGGCAGGAUUUGUCCGGUUCCGAGCUUUCGGAACUGACAACACCUCCCUCUUCGCCUGUGAGAAUGACGGUCAAACAAAGAGGAGAACAGCAACCGCCUUCUACCAAGAUUUCUUUCAUACCUAUAUCAAGUUCCUCUCUAUCUGGUUCUCCGAAGAAGCAAUCUGCCAGCAAAACGCAGAAGUCGACUUACCAAAAGCCGAAACCCGUCUCGAAAUCGGCGUCAUGGGCUCCUUCUACCGCUAAUGGUAUGACCGAGGUACUUGAUACCUGGUCACUAGAACGACUUGGGAACCAUGUAUGGGUGAUGCUAGGCCUUGGUCUUCCGGAUGGUCGUGUGCUAGUCUACCAGAGCUCUGAGGACGGCGAGGGAGGCCAGGAGGAUGGACUUCAAUGGUGUUGGUGGCCUGCUAAGCUCAGACGGUCAAAGGUCGCUGACAAGGACACGCUCAUUCUUACGCCCUACUCACUCUCUACAUCGCCGAAAAAUAGGGACCUUCAACUCCCGGUUGCCAACGCUAGCUCAUCCAAUAUCCUCUCGUUUUCUAAUAACCUUGAACAUGUCAGGUUUGAGAAGCUCACAUUCCUCUCCCGUUCGUCGCAUAACGUUGAACCGAUUUCGGCCGUCCAGAGGUCUCCGAAGAAGAAGCGCAAACUGGAGAAGUCGGGGAUUGAAGCGCGAUUCGAUCAAGCUUUAGCCUUGGCCCUUGAAGACGAAGAGUCACUGAACGAUGGCGUUCCGUCGUUGUAUAACGCGCUCAGUCGUGGUGGUAGUUUCUCAACGACGAAUGCACCAGUGUCUAGGAAAGGAAAGAGUCGGCAAGUUGCCAAGGACUCCAUCUCAGACGACAACGCCGAGGUCAACGGUGGUGAGGGAGAAUGGGACGACGUUGUUGAUUCAGGAGCAGAUGAGCUACUCGACAUCCCUGGCGAAAGGGUUCUUUGUCGUGCGACGAAGAAUCCGGCGACGGCGUAUUGGCCGGCACAAGUGAUUGAUUAUGUCCCGCCUCCGUCACGCAUCAGGAAGAAAACUAAGGGCAAGAGUCAGGAGUCCAUGGCAGGGAAGUAUAGAGUGGUUUUCUUGGAUGAACUAGAAAUGGAGGUACCACGAGAUUGGUUUUACGCAUCACACGAAGAUGGGUUUGGGAGGUGUAAGCUAGGGAAAUUCCAGAGUGAAUUCGUCGAUAAUCCAAAUGACACUGCUGACGACGAAGAUUCUUAUUCCGAUUUCGAUUUCGAGGCAGAAUACGAUUCCAUCUCGCAAGGUUCCGGGUCAAACACACGGCAGCCUGAGUUUGCUUCCCUUUCGCUUCCAACGCAAUUCGUCCACGUCAUCCCUGUACUCCAGGCGGUCCUCAAGAAUAAAUACCCACCAACUCGAGAUCGGCACGAGCAGUUCAUGAGAGGUGGAAGGUUGAGGGAUACUCUGACGACGGAGGGCGAGGCGGGAUUAAGAGGAAGAAUGAACCCCAAAAACAUGGACGUUUUCGCAAAAUUGGUAGAAUGCUGGUGCUUAGGUUCCAGUAGGAGAGAGAUCGAAACAGAGGAAAAUACAGAUGAUCGCGCCGUGAAAGUUAUUAAUGUCGACGGGUCAGAAGAGCAAUCGGGGUCAAGGACGAGCCCGGAUUGGUCUGGAGAGGUUCCCGAAGCACAAUCAAAUGGCGUUCAAGGCAAAUCUAUCGAAUCUACUUCGAAUGCCGAGCAGGCGACAACGGACGAUAUUCAAAUGGUUCUCGAUGUUGGCGCCCGGUCAAUGACGACAAUCACCGACCCAGCACCUCUCACUACGACCCCAAACGGCACCGAUGCCCAUAUGGAUGUACUGGAUGAAGUAUCUUUCAAAGAAAAUCAUUCCCCUCAUUCCCCACCUCCGAUGGAAAUCGAUACCAAACCCCAGUCUGAAGGCAUCGUCACUGACAUCCAGCUCCAGGGGCCUGAAGAGGUCGAAACCUCUGUUCCCAUAAAGUCUCCACCUCAAAGUAGCCAUCCAUCCUCCUCUGUAACCACACCAUCUGUCGAGCUUGAGCUCGAUGACAAACCAGGACUUGCUCCUCCUCUUCCCCUCUUUAUUACCACCCAAGAUACUACUACUGUUUCUCAAGAUUCAGAAGAGCAAUCACCGUUAACGCCCAUCGCUGAACCUAUAAUAUCCGCUCCUCCGACUGCGUUUGAAGGCAAUGGCGAACGUCCUCGCAAAAAACGAGAACGACAAACGGGUUGCGAGUCUUUUGAGGCGUUGGGCGGGGUUGAGAAAGUCAGCGUGAGUCUGUUAUUCUUUCCCUCUUUGAAUCUGUUAUCCACUGUGCACCUUUCCCGCCCCCUUGUUUAGUACAUUUUGACGAUUCUCUUCCCCGUCGUCAUCCGUCAAAUCUUAUUAUGGCGUGCUGGUAGCCGUACUGUUCCUGGCCAGCUUCAAGUUUUACCAGACGAAGAAGAAUGGGAGUUGUAUCGAAAAGCGGAAGAGCUGGUUAGGGAGACGGAUUGGGUGUUUGAUGUCCGACGGUUACGGGAGACUGCCGAGAAGAAGAUCCGGAGGGAGGAAGGUGUGGGCGUGAAGAAUGUGACGGGGAGAACCAGUAGGAGGGGUUUGAAGGACUAGUGAUCUGUCUGUUCUGUUUGUUUUUGAUGGGAUCUAAGUAGGAGUAGCGUAUCUUUCCCCCAGCCUAUGUUGUAUGUACUGUACGUACCACCGUGUUGCUAUCUUGUUACAUCAGUAAUGAUCUGUACCGCAGUUGUCGCGAUCCAUCAUCUAUACUCGAUUCCGGCUUGAGUAUCACCACCUCCGAAUACAGUUC